AUGAGUUCAAUGACUACGGAGAUCGAGGACUUGACCAGUCUGGCCAUGUACAGCCCCCAGCCUCCGAUCACUCCACCCGCCCCUCACCCUAUCCUCCACACCGAUAUCCUCUCCCUCAUCCUCUUCUACGCAUCAGACCAGGCCCUCGCACGGCUCAUGCAGGUCAACCGGUACCUCCUGGCAGAGAUCGUCGAUAUCCGCUGGCCCUGCGCCUCCCUCGAUCCAUACGAUAGUCGCAGGGCCAUCAAAUCGCGGCGGGACCUGCCGGACGCGGUCAAGUGGUUCUCUGCGCCCAUGCAGAGAUUGCUGGCACAGUAUGCGAGGAUGGUCAAGAUCAUGCCGCACGCCGCGUACGCGUGUCCGCCGCGGAUGGUGCGGAGCGAGCAGGUGGCGAUGGUGCGGACGGUGCAGGUUGAUCGGCGGGGUCUCUGUAGGGAGGAUCGGUCGCCGUUACACGCUGCGCGGGCAAACAGUCACAGCCGGCCGGAAGAUGCUACGGAGACACCACCGUCACAUACCUGCCCACUCUACCUGAUGUUCACGCCUACCACACUACGGAUCGACCAUAUCAACCAAUCCCCAAUCUUCCCUCUUCCCGGCGGUCUAUCGUUCCCUCCUUCUCUCAACCGCCUACUCCUCUGCAUCAAUCCUCUCGCAAGCGCCAUCGAGCACCCCUCAGACGCGCAGCACAUACACCACACCGUUCCCCCGCACAUUACCGAUAUCGUCUUCCUCCUCACGGCAAUGCCGUCCAACCCUCACAACACGACAGGGAUCCCGCAAGGCGUCACUCUUCCAGCUCUAUCUGUGGGACUGGCGGAGUGGCUCAUUCACGGCGGCGAUGUAGGCGGCAGGAACUGGACAGUAGUGGGUGCGGAACGGCUGGCGUCCUCGGGCUUGUGGCAUUCGGACGGGCAGGGGAAGCGGAUGGAUGGGGCCAAGGCGAUACGCGCAGAGAUGACCGAGGCAAUCUCAAAGAGCGGGACGGACAUGGCGGUGAUGGAUCGGCUCCACUUCGUCUCGCUCCUAGACUACCUGGACGGACCCGAGAGCAAGCGAGAGCUGGCGCCGGACGAGAUGAGGGUGUUGAGGUCUGCCGAGCAGCAGCGGGUUCGUGAUGCGAUGGCGAAGGGGAAGAAGGCGGCCAAGGUGGUAGGGAGCGGUUCGGCUACUUAG